CGAUGUCGAGCGAGGAGAGCUACCGGGCCAUCCUGCGCUACCUGACGAACGAGCGCGAGCCGUACGCGCCGGGCACGGAGGGCAACGCCAAGCGCAAGAUCCGCAAGGCGGCCGCCUGCUACGUGGUGCGCGGCGGCACGCUCUACUACCAGCGGCGCCAGCGCCACCGCCAGGCCUUCGCCGAGCUCGAGGUGGUGCUGCAGCCCGAGCGGCGCCGCGGGCUCAUCGAGGCGGCGCACCUGGGCCCCGGCGGCACCCACCACACCCGGCACCAGACCUGGCACGACCUGUCCCGCGCCUACUGGUGGCGAGGCAUUUUGAAGCAAGUCAAAGAUUACAUUAAGCAAUGUAGCAAGUGCCAGGAAAAACUGGAUCGAUCCCGUCCAAUAUCAGAUACUUCCGAAAUGUUGGAAGAAUUAGGACUGGACCUUGAAUCUGGAGACGAAAGUAACGAAUCAGAAGAUGACCUAAGCAACUUCACUUCACCUGCAAGUACAGCCUCUAAAUCUACGAAAAGAAAGCCUGUAUCCAAACAUGAGCUUGUAUUUGUUGAUACCAAAGGAGUUGUGAAAAGAUCUUCUCCCAAACAUUGUCAGGCUGUCUUGAAACAGCUGAAUGAACAGAGACUCUCCAACCAGUUCUGCGAUGUUACUUUAUUAAUUGAAGGAGAAGAAUACAAAGCUCAUAAAUCUGUUUUGUCAGCUAACAGUGAAUAUUUUCGGGAUCUUUUUAUUGAGAAGGGAGCUGUUUCCAGUCAUGAGGCAGUGGUGGAUCUUUCUGGUUUUUGUAAGGCGAGUUUCCUUCCUUUGCUUGAAUUUGCAUAUACUUCUGUGCUAAGUUUUGACUUCUGUAGCAUGGCUGAUGUAGCCAUCUUGGCUCGCCAUCUUUUCAUGUCAGAAGUCUUAGAGAUCUGUGAAAGUGUACAUAAACUGAUGGAAGAGAAGCAGUUAACAGUCUAUAAGAAGGGUGAAGUACAAACAGUUGCAUCUACCCAGGACUUACCAGAACAGAAUGAAUGUACAGCUCCUCCUGUUACUCCUGUUACGUGCAAUGAGGGAACCACAGCAGCCUUAUCUUCUGAUCUUGGGGGUUGCGAAAUUGUAUUGCUGGUUAAUGGAGAAUUGCCCGAGGCUGAGCAGAAUGGAGAUCUAGGACAGCAACCUGAGCCCCAGGUUUCUUCUGAACCCGCCUUGUCACCCGAAGUCUGUAUAACGGAUUCCUCUCCUAAAGUGGAGUCUGUUGAUUUAGGAAUGAAAAGCAGCCAGUCACAACUGGAAACCUCAUGUAGCAGAGAAGAUGACACAGUUUCUAAUAUUAAUCCUGAACUUUCACAAGAGAAUGUAAUCAAAAAUUUUCCAGAAAAUGAAGAUAUGGAAAUUGAUGCCUCAGCUGAAGAUAUCUCUGCUGAGGAUAUUACAGAGCCCAGGCUGCAGAACUGUGAACAACAGUCUUUAAAAAAUGAGGACAAUCUGGUACCAGUAGAAAAAACAGAAGGCCUGAGCCCUGAGGAUGAUACUUACAAAAGCAGGCUUCGGCAGCGUUCUGUUAAUGAAGGGGGAUAUAUCCGACUACACAAAGGCAUGGAGAAAAAACUGCAGAAGCGGAAAGCCAUUCCCAAGUCAGCAGUUCAACAGGUGGCUCAGAAAUUAGUUCAAAGAGGGAAAAAAAUGAAACAGCCAAAAAGAGAUGCGAAAGAGAAUCCUGAAGAGUUGUCUCAUAAAUGUGGGGAAUGUGGAAUGGUUUUUCAGAGACGUUAUGCCCUUAUAACACACACACUGAAACAUGAAAGAACAAGAGACUACAAAUGUCCAUUGUGCAAAAAGCAGUUUCAGUACAGUGCCUCCUUGCGAGCUCACCUUAUUCGACACACCAAGAAAGAUGCUCCGUCUUCGUCCUCUGCUAAUCCCAACUCUAACGAGGCAUCAGGAACAUCAUCUGAGAAGGGCAGGACGAAACGAGAAUUUAUAUGUUCCAUAUGUGGAAGGACAUUGCCUAAAUUAUACUCCCUUCGAAUACAUAUGUUAAAGCACACGGGUGUAAAGCCACACGCAUGCCAGGUCUGUGGAAAGACAUUCAUCUACAAACAUGGUCUAAAAUUACACCAGAGUCUUCAUCAAUCUCAAAAGCAGUUUCAGUGUGAGCUAUGUGAUAAGUCAUUUGUUACCAAACGAAGUCUUCAAGAACAUAUGAGUAUUCACACAGGUGAGUCAAAGUACCUUUGUUCAGUUUGUGGAAAGUCUUUUCACAGGGGCUCUGGACUUAGCAAGCACCUUAAAAAACACCAACCAAAGCCUGAGGUUCGAGGUUAUCAUUGUACUCAGUGUGAAAAAAGUUUCUUUGAAGCUAGAGAUCUUCGCCAGCACAUGAAUAAGCAUCUUGGUGUGAAGCCAUUCCAAUGUCAGUUUUGUGAUAAGUGCUAUAGCUGGAAGAAAGAUUGGUAUUCCCACGUAAAGUCUCAUUCUGUCACUGAACCUUACAGGUGUAAUAUAUGUGGCAAAGAAUUUUAUGAAAAAGCAUUGUUCAGAAGGCAUGUAAAGAAAGCUACCCACGGGAAAAAGGGAAGAGCGAAGCAGAACCUGGAACGGAUCUGUGAACAGUGUGGAAGAAAGUUCACACAGCUGAGAGAGUACAGAAGACAUAUGAACAACCAUGGAGGCGUUAAGCCAUUUGAGUGCUUAACGUGUGGAGUUGCCUGGGCCGAUGCCCGUUCUCUAAAACGCCAUGUCAGAACACACACGGGUGAACGGCCCUACGUCUGUCCAGUAUGUAGCGAAGCCUACAUAGAUGCCAGAACACUUCGUAAACAUAUGACCAAGUUCCACAGAGAUUAUGUGCCUUGCAAAAUUAUGCUGCAAAAAGACACUCUUCAGUUUCAUGACCAAGGAACUCAAGUAGAGCAUGCUGUUAGCAUCUUAACAGCGGACAUGCAGGCACAAGAAAACAGUGGUCCUCAAGAAAUCGAGACUGUAGUCGUGACAGGGGAGACCAUGGAAGCUCUUGAAGCUGUUGCCGCUACUGAAGAGUGUCCACUAGUGUCGACCCUUUCUGACCAAAGUAUUAUGCAAGUGGUGAAUUACGUGUUGGCACAACAACAAGGACAGAAGCUCUCUGAAGUUGCUGAGGCUAUUCAGACUGUGGAAGUAGAGGUGGCACAUAUUUCAGAAGCGGAAUGAAAAUAGUACCAGGGACAAAAGUGCCAUUCGAUGCGUACUGAAUUCUCAGAAAGUUUUGUUUACAAUACAAUGUGACUAUCUGCUUAGAGCGUGUACGUCAAGGCCCCUGCUGUUUGGCGAUGUUGAAAUAUUUCUAAAUAGCUUGACUCAUGGGUUCUGUAAAAAUUUGUGUAAAAAAAAGUUGAAAACAAAUCCAUAGUUUAUCAUGGUAUACUUUUUAAUGAAUUGCUUAUAAAUAAAGGACUAUAUUAAAACGAGUUUCAUUUGCAUUUGACAUAUUUUGAGUUU